AUGAAUAUGUUGGAUGAUGAAGAUGACCAAAGCUUUCACGCUACGCGUGACGGCUACUCCCAUUUGAGCGAUGUCGAAUGGGAUGCGGUUGAACGAAUGGGUUCGACCAUGGGCAUCCAUGCUGUUAGCGUCAUGCUAGAGGCUCUCAAUAGAGAUGCCCAACAUGUUACUAUCGCCAAGUUCAUUCAAAAUGAACUUGACGCAGAACGCGAGAAAGUAGCCUUGCUUCACCAACAAGGUUCUCAACAAGCAGAGUUGUUGAGAGAACAAGGUGCUCAACAGUUUGAACUGUUGAGACAGCAGCAGGCUGCUGCUGGCGGGUCGAUGCACUCGCGUCGGCCCGAGACUUUGAAGAUUGACAUCUCAAAGGCGCGUCGCAUCGACGACGGGGAUAUGCAAGUUGCAUUUGCCCAGUCAAAUCUGGCAGGACGUGCCAAGACUUGGGCAUUGGGGCUCAAGCUGCACGACCCAUAUGCGUUUGGGUCGUUGGAAGUUCUUCAAGUCGCGGCUCAGACAAACGUUUGA